AAUCAACGACCAAGAGUAAUCAAACGAACCAGACAUCAUCAUCACCACCCAAAACAAGUCAUCCUUGCUCCACUGCAGUCUCUGACUCCAUGGAACUCCAUCGAACCCGAUGGAUGCCCAUCGAAGCCGUUGCCCUGCUAGAAGCUUCUGCCCUUUCACCGCCCAACUAUAUCAACACUGCCUUUUCGCACAAUUCCCCUCCCCCUCCCAGACUUUUUUUCUCUCUCAUCCUCUCUCCUCUACAUCUCUCUUCUGGCAUUAUACCCUCCUCGUGCCAUUCUUCUCUUGUACACUACUCUAGUACUAUCCCACGUUUUCUCUUUUCUCCUUUUUUUCUUUGAUAUCCUUUUUACGACCCCUCCUUCACAAUGGCCCCCGCUGUCGGUAUUGACUUGGGUACCACCUACUCCUGUGUGGGUGUCUUCCGUGAUGACCGCAUUGAGAUCAUCGCCAACGACCAGGGUAACCGUACCACCCCUUCGUUCGUUGCCUUCACCGACACCGAGCGUUUGAUCGGUGAUGCCGCCAAGAACCAGGUCGCCAUGAACCCCCACCACACUGUCUUCGAUGCUAAGCGUCUCAUCGGUCGUCGGUAUGAUGACGCUGAGGUCCAGGCUGAUAUGAAGCACUGGCCCUUCAAGGUCUCCAAGGACGCUGCUGGCAAGCCCGUCGUUGACGUCGAGUUCAAGGGUGAGCAGAAGACCUUCACUCCCGAGGAAAUCUCCUCCAUGAUCCUCGUCAAGAUGCGUGAGACUGCUGAGGCCUACCUCGGUGGUACUGUCAACAAUGCCGUCAUCACUGUCCCCGCCUACUUCAACGACUCCCAGCGUCAGGCCACCAAGGACUCCGGUCUCAUUGCUGGUCUGAACGUUCUUCGUAUCAUCAACGAGCCCACUGCCGCCGCUAUUGCCUACGGUUUGGACAAGAAGAUCGACGGUGAGCGCAACGUCCUCAUCUUCGACUUGGGUGGUGGUACCUUCGAUGUUUCCCUCCUGACCAUUGAGGAGGGCAUCUUCGAGGUCAAGGCCACCGCUGGUGACACUCACUUGGGUGGUGAGGACUUUGACAACCGUCUCGUCAACCACUUCGUCAAUGAGUUCAAGCGCAAGCACAAGAAGGACUUGACCACCAACGCUCGUGCUCUCCGUCGUCUCCGCACUGCUUGCGAGCGUGCUAAGCGUACCCUCUCUUCCGCUGCUCAGACCUCCAUUGAGAUCGACUCUCUCUUCGAGGGUAUUGACUUCUACACCUCCAUCACCCGUGCCCGUUUCGAGGAGCUCUGCCAGGACCUCUUCCGUGGCACUAUGGAACCCGUUGAGCGUGUCCUCCGUGACGCCAAGAUCGACAAGUCCUCCGUCCACGAGAUCGUCCUGGUUGGUGGUUCCACCCGUAUCCCCAAGAUCCAGCGUCUCGUCUCCGACUUCUUCAACAAGGACCCCAACAAGUCCAUCAACCCCGACGAGGCUGUCGCCUACGGUGCUGCCGUCCAGGCUGCUAUCCUGUCUGGUGACACUUCCUCCAAGUCCACCAACGAGAUCUUGUUGCUUGAUGUUGCCCCUCUGUCCCUCGGUAUCGAGACCGCUGGUGGUGUCAUGACUGCUCUCAUCAAGCGCAACACCACCAUCCCUACCAAGAAGUCCGAGACCUUCUCUACCUACUCCGACAACCAGCCCGGUGUCUUGAUCCAGGUCUACGAGGGUGAGCGUGCCCGUACCAAGGACAACAACCUACUCGGUAAGUUCGAGCUUACUGGCAUUCCUCCCGCUCCUCGUGGUGUUCCUCAGAUCGAGGUCACCUUCGAUCUCGAUGCCAACGGAAUCAUGAACGUCUCCGCCACCGAGAAGGGUACCGGCAAGGUCAACAACAUCACCAUCACCAACGACAAGGGCCGUCUCUCCAAGGAGGAGAUCGAGCGCAUGUUGGCUGAGGCUGAGAAAUACAAGGCCGAGGAUGAGGCCGAGGCUUCCCGUAUCCAGGCCAAGAACGGUCUCGAGUCCUACGCCUACUCCCUCAAGAACACCAUCAACGAGGGCAAGUUGACCAUCAGCGACGAGGACAAGGAGAAGGUCACCAAGCAGGUCGAUGAGACCAUCAGCUGGCUCGAUAACAACCAGACCGCCACCAAGGACGAGUACGAGUCCCAGCAGAAGGAGCUUGAGGGUGUUGCCAACCCUAUCAUCUCCGCUGCCUACGGUGCUGCUGGCGGUGCUCCCGGUGGUGCCCCUGGUGCCGCCCCUGGUGGUGCUGCUCGCCCCGCUGACGAGGUUGAGGAGCGCCCCGAGGAGCUUGACUAAAUGUCUUGAACCGGGUUUCUUUUCGGCGUUGUUUUAAAUAAUGGUCUUUUAUGUCUUCUUUUUUUACGAAAUUAUGGGAUCCUUUUCUUUUGUGCAUGACCUGCAUAGAUUCAAGUUUUCGAUGCAUUAUGAUCUGCCUUUUGGCAGAGUUGCUUUGGGAGGGAAAAGUUCCUUAUGACCAAUACAAUACUUUUAAUUCAUUGUUCCUUGUAGCUGUAGUUUCUUCGCGUCAUUUCAAUGAAAUUGUUUCACCUGUUUCAUCUUGUCCAGACUACAUAAGAAUGUGA